AUGGAAUAUAAAAAACUUCUUAUUAACAAAAACAAAGAAGAAGAUAUAGAGUUGGCUGCAAAACGAGCAACUACAUAUGAUGCAUCACCAGAACACAAAUUGGAAUCAGAGAAUAAAAACAAUAUUAAACAAUCUACUCGUCCACAAACAGGAUCAAAAAUUCAUUUUUGUUUUUUAAUCAACCUUGUUGUUGUUAUCCUAACAACUAUCAUUAGUAUUACAACAUGGUUUAUUUUCAUUAAAAAAGCCGAAACAAAAGUUAAUACAACUACAGCUACAAUUGAUGCAUCGACAACAGGAACAACAAUUCUUUCAACGUCGAUAACAGAAACAACAAUGCUUACAACAUCAACUAAUUCUUAUACAAUAACAAAGAAUGUAUCAAAAUUCAGUAAAUGGAAACAAAAUGCCAUCACUGUAGCUGGUGGAAAUGGAGAAGGACAACAAUUAAAUCAACUCCAUGACCCUGCUGGAAUCCUCAUUGACGAAAAGAAAAAUAUUUUCAUUGCUGAUCUUUGGAAUCAUCGUAUUAUUGAAUGGAAAUAUAAUGAAAAAGAAGGACAAACCACUGCAGGUGGAAAUGGGGAAGGAAAUCAAACAGAUCGAUUGGAUCAACCAACAGAUGUGAUUGUUGAUCAACAAAAUCAUUCGAUCAUCAUUGCUGAUUAUGUGAACAGACGAGUGAUUCGAUGGUUGAAUCAAAGCCAACAAAUUCUGAUUGAGAAUAUUGACUGUUAUGGCUUGGCAAUGGAUAAACAUGGAUUUCUUUAUGUUUCUGAUUGGUUGAGGAAUGAAGUGAGACGAUGGAAAAUGGGAGAAUAUAAUAAUGAAGGAAUUAUAGUGGCAGGUGGAAAUGGAGAAGGAGAUCAACCCAAUCAACUCGAUUAUCCCAGUUUUAUUUUUGUUGAUAAAGAUCAGUCUGUUUAUGUAUCAGAUUGGAACAAUCAUCGUGUGAUGAAAUGGAGAAAAGGUGCAAAAGAAGGAACAAUUGUGGCUGGAGGAAAUGGUUUUGGAGAAAAUCUUAAUCAAUUGUCUUAUCCUCAAGGAGUAAUUGUUGAUGAUUUAGGUCAAAUCUAUGUGGCAGAUUGGGAAAAUCAUCGAGUAAUGCGCUGGUGUGAAGGCAAAGAAGAAGGUGAAAUUAUUGUUGGUGGAAAUCAAUUGAAUCAUCCCAGUGGUUUAUCUUUUGACGAUGAAAGAAAUCUUUAUGUUGCUGAUUCCGGAAAUCAUCGAAUUGAAAAAUUUGAAAUAAUUUUAUGA